GGGGCGGGGCCUGGGGCGGCGGGAGAAUGGAGGUUCCUGAGAGCCGCGAUGUCGCGGACGAGCGCGGGGCCCAGGACUCUUCCCCGGCCCCCAGCAAAGCCAGCCACUACGAGCUUCCUUGGGUUGAAAAAUAUAGGCCAGUAAAGCUGAAUGAAAUCGUUGGGAAUGAAGACACUGUGAGUAGGCUGGAGGUCUUUGCAAGAGAAGGGAAUGUGCCGAAUAUUAUUAUCGCUGGCCCCCCAGGAACUGGCAAAACUACCAGCAUCCUCUGUUUGGCACGAGCUUUGCUGGGCCCAGCACUUAGGGAUGCAGUUCUGGAACUCAACGCUUCAAAUGACAGGGGCAUUGAUGUGGUGAGGAAUAAAAUAAAAAUGUUUGCCCAACAGAAAGUCACCCUUCCCAGAGGUCGACAUAAGAUCAUCAUCUUGGAUGAAGCCGACAGCAUGACUGAUGGAGCCCAGCAAGCCUUGAGGAGAACCAUGGAGAUCUACUCCAAAACGACUCGCUUUGCUCUUGCGUGUAAUGCCUCGGAUAAAAUCAUAGAGCCGAUUCAGUCACGGUGUGCCGUCCUCCGCUACACAAAGCUGACGGACGCUCAGAUUCUUGCAAGGUUGAUGAAUGUUAUUGAGAAGGAGAAAGUGCCGCACACAGAUGACGGCCUGGAGGCCAUCAUCUUCACUGCCCAGGGGGACAUGAGGCAGGCAUUGAACAACUUGCAGUCUACCUUCUCGGGGUUUGGCUUUAUUAACAGUGAGAAUGUGUUCAAGGUCUGUGACGAGCCCCAUCCCUUACUCGUGAAGGAGAUGAUCCAGCAUUGCGUGAAUGCCAACAUUGACGAAGCCUACAAGAUUCUUGCUCACCUGUGGCAUCUGGGCUAUUCACCAGAAGAUGUCAUUGGCAACAUUUUUCGAGUGUGUAAAACCUUCCAAAUGGCAGAAUAUUUGAAACUGGAGUUUAUCAAGGAAAUCGGCUACACUCAUAUGAAGAUAGCGGAAGGUGUGAACUCCCUUCUGCAGAUGGCAGGGCUCCUGGCCAGGCUGUGUCAGAAGACAAUGGCCCCUCUGGCCAGUUAGAGGGGAGCGCACAUCGAUUCGGCUCACAAGCCCCCAUCCCUGGGGGACAGGGCAGCACAGCCUUCCGAUGUGGCCUCGUGCCACCUUGGCGGGCUGGAGGACACCUUCCUGUAGAGCUUCCAGGGCUUUUCUGAUGCU